CGUUUUAUCCGCUCAUAUGCUGUCCUCUGCUCAGACUCUCUUAGCCACUCAAAAAUGGCACUCAACACUAAUCAAAUCCUCUACAACACCCCCGCCAGGACGCCAUGCACCAACGGCCCUCUCCGCCGUACGAUUCUACUACCACCAUUGUCAUCUCCAAGAACCCAUCAUCUGACCGUAGUCUCAGCUUCAAAGAAGCUGUCUUCAUCAAGAACAGGCAAGUUUGACAGCAAGAAGAGAAGAAGCUCGGUUUCAACUACAGAAGAAGCUGAAGAAGCGCCAAAGCUUAAAGAACUUGAUCGGACGGCUGAUAUUGAUGGUAGUGGCUCAACUGUAACCGUUGAUGAUGGGUUUGUGAUGCCGGAGCUUCCUGGUGAAAAGCCUGAUUUUUGGGAAGGUCCUCAAUGGGAUACUCUUGGAUUCGUCAUCCAGUACUUGUGGGCCUUUGGCAUUGUUUUCGCGUUAAUUGCUUGUGGCAUUGCUGUGGCUACAUAUAAUGAGGGAGCAACAGAUUUCAAAGACACACCAGCAUACAAGGAAUCAAUCCAAUCUAGAGAGCUUUUAGAAGAACCAGAGGCCUCUGGCUCAGAUGUUUUUGAGUCUAAUCCGACUGAGGAAGCGCCUAGUUUGGAAUAACUAUUCUGGCUUUGGCUGACAUGAAAUUGUGAUAAAUUCUAAGGUCAACAGUUUCUAGCUAAAAUUUGGAGUUUUGAUGCAAUUUCGUAAUAACAAAAAUAAGCCUAUCACACUGUUGGUUAUCUGAAGUUCUUGUGAAGCCGAGCCAUACCCGAUUGAGGGGACUGAUAAUGACUUCUGCCCUAUGUUUUUGGCUGAUGAAGCUUAAGCCUCCCACAAAGACUUGAUCUUCUCCUGGCCAAAAACCAAAAGAUGUGGUUGAUUCAAUGGCUUGAAAGAAGUAUCAGAAUUUUAGUUUGUCAUCUGAGUGCAUAAGGCUAAAAACUACCAAUUCAAGCUGAAGGUGCAUUUAUGCCAUAGUCUGUUAAUAAACAAGCAGAGUGUUUCUCUUGUGCAUACAAUGAUAGGUGCAUCACCAAAUCAAGCACCCAUAUUAUUCUCAAGAUACAUCCUAAACGAGAACAUAACAUAUAUUUCAGGUUUGUUGCUGCCAACAUUACCUCAGAAUUAUACAUGGUUGCAAACUGUCCUUUAUCUAA